AUGAUGAGCGGCGGCAGGAUGAACGCGGCGGCGAGCGACGACUUCCCGUUCGCGGCAAUGCAGCAGCCGCCCUACGUCGGCUUAGAGCACGCCGGCGGCGGAGGAGGAGGCCAGCGCAACCAGGGCGCGAUGAUGUACGACAACUUCGACUUCGCGGCGGCCGCCGCCGAAUUCGGUCAGUUCCAGGACGCGCCGCACCACCAGAUGCUGGCGCUGCCACUGAACGGCAACGGCGCCGGCGGGCUCGUCCCCAUGGCGCCGCCGCCCAUGCCCGGGAUGCAGCUGCAGAUGCCGCCCAUGCCCCACGGGAUGCACAGCCACGGCGACGUGUACUCGGCGAUGGGGAUGGUGAAGCGCGAGGGCGGCGCCGGGGACGCGGGGAGGAUCGGGCUGAACCUCGGGCGCCGGACCUAUUUCUCCCCCGGCGACAUGAUGGCCGUGGACCGGAUGCUGAUGCGGUCCCGUCUCGGCGGCGUGUUCGGGCUGGGAUUCGGGCGCGCCCACCACCAGGCGCCUCGGUGCCAGGUGCAGGACUGCAAGGCCGACCUCUCCGGCGCCAAGCACUACCACCGGCGCCACAAGGUGUGCGAGUACCACGCCAAGGCGGCGCUUGUCUCCGCCGCCGGCAAGCAGCAGCGCUUCUGCCAGCAAUGCAGCAGGUUCCACGUGCUCACGGAGUUCGACGAGGCCAAGAGGAGCUGCCGGAGGCGGCUCGCAGAGCACAACCGUCGCCGGAGGAAGCCGGCGGCCAGCAGCACCAUGGCGGCGUCCAAGGACUCGGCGUCGCCUUCCGACAACAACACACUGAGCACGACGAAGUCGACCAUCUCCUCCAACACGAGCGCGAUCAGCUGCCUCCAGCAGGGCCAGGCCAGGGAGGUAGCGGCGACGAGGCCGACGGCGCUCACCCUCGGUGCGACGCCGGAGAAGGACGACCACCAGCAGCAGAUCAGGAACGCCAUGCAGCUCCACCACCAUCAGGAGCAGCAGCACUUCAUCAACUCCCUCUUGCAGAACAACAUCCGUAACAGCAACAUCCUGUCGUGUUCCUCGGUUAGCUCCAGCACGGUGCCAUUGGCGGUGGCGGCCAACGGCGAGGUCUCCGACCAGAACAACGACAACAAGAACAAUGUCAGCAACAACGUCAACAGCGGCAUGCAUAUGUUUGAGGUGGACUUCAUGUAG